ACCGUAUGUGAAGCCGGCGGCGUGGACCCUGGCUCGGCGCGAAUCUGUCUUUUCGUCUGCUGUUUCUGCGGAAAGGUGGCAUUUAGUGAUUUGGGGGAGGACAGGGGCUCAGCUCUGACAUUCCCAGCGGCUAACUAUCGGCUCCUAGUCUCCCUCCCCCUGGACUUUGAAAUGCUUUACCUCAUCGGCUUGGGCCUGGGAGAUGCCAAGGACAUCACAGUCAAGGGCCUGGAAGUUGUAAGACGCUGCAGUCGUGUGUAUCUGGAAGCCUAUACCUCCGUCCUGACUGUAGGGAAGGAAGUCCUGGAAGAAUUUUAUGGAAGAAAAUUGAUUCUCGCUGAUAGAGAAGAAGUGGAACAAGAAGCAGAUAAUAUUUUAAAGGAUGCUGAUAUCAGUGAUGUUGCAUUCCUUGUAGUUGGUGAUCCAUUUGGGGCUACAACCCACAGUGAUCUGAUUCUGAGAGCAACAAAGCUGGGAAUCUCUUACCGAGUUAUUCACAAUGCUUCCAUAAUGAAUGCUGUAGGCUGCUGUGGUUUACAGUUGUAUAAGUUUGGAGAGACGGUGUCUAUUGUUUUUUGGACAGACACUUGGAGACCAGAAAGCUUCUUUGACAAAGUGAAGAAGAACAGACAAAAUGGCUUGCACACAUUAUGCCUGUUAGAUAUCAAGGUGAAGGAGCAGUCUUUGGAAAAUCUAAUCAAAGGAAGGAAGAUCUACGAACCUCCUCGGUAUAUGAGUGUAAACCAAGCAGCCCAGCAACUUCUGGAGAUUGUUCAGAAUCAAAGAACACGAGGAGAAGAACCAGCGGUCACCGAGGAGACACUCUGUGUCGGCUUAGCCAGGGUUGGAGCUGAGGACCAGAAAAUUGCAGCCGGCACUUUGCAGCAGAUGUGUACUGUGGACUUGGGAGGGCCGUUACAUUCCUUAGUCAUCACGGGAGGCAGUGUGCAUCCCCUGGAGAUGGAGAUGCUAAGUCUGUUUUCUAUACCAGAAGCUAGCUCAGAAUCCCGAAGCAUCGAUGGACUCUGAACAUAGACAUUUUCUAUUUUGGAUAUUAAUUUCCGUCACGUAUGCAAGUACAUAUAUUUGUAUAACAAAUUGAACAGAUCUUUUGGUUUACCUAGUAAGUAUAGAACAAGUGACUAAGAAGAAAGAUGUCGAUUCAACAGUGUUGGUUUCAUGUGGCAAUGAGUUUUUUCCUUCUGAUAUCAUCAGUUGUUGCUGCUAUUUUGGCAGUUUUUCAGGAUGUACACACAUGGAGCAGACCAAGCGGGAAAACGUAUAGACAUAUGUAAAGCCAUUUAAAAGCAGUUUUUCUUUAUGAGAGCAGUCAAUACAAGGUGGAAUUUUCUUCUUUCUUCAAAAGUCAGCUGUCCUGACUGCAAGGUGAGUUGUCCUGACAGUGGUUGGUAUUAGUGCAUAUAAACAGAGAUGAGAAGACGAAGUCCUGCUUACUUAAAUCUCAUCCGAGCCCAUGCCACAAAAUGACAUCAUCCCCAAUUGCCUUGUCUUAUUCAGCUGACAUCCUAAUUAUGUAGCUCACAUUCCGCUGUAUUUUGGAGGCUAUAUAAUUGUUGAAUUAUAAAUGUUCAGCCAGCCAUGUACAGUUACUCUUUGGAUUUAAAUAGCAACUUUCACAUCCAAGCUGACAAAUGGAAAACUUGCUGACUACAAAAUAAAGUUUAAAAAAUUUAAGUUUGAAAACAACAAUGAAUUAGUCAAGAUUCAUCAUGUCACUUAACUCAGUUAAUAUGCUACUAUGUAGAUGAAAAGUACUCACAUUCUUCCUACUAGUUGCAAAUAACACUCCAUUUAUUAUAGUUCAUUACCAUAGAGUUUUAUUCUUUUCAUAACAAAUAGCUUUGUUACCUAGUAGUUGAAUUGGUCUGAAUAUUUCUUGGGCCUAAUCAAAUUGUCUGACCUCUUUGCUCAGUAAAUUUGUUGUAAUUUGAAAAAAAACUUCUCUACUUUCUGGGAGCCUCAAUUAGCAGGCGAUAAUUUUGACUGAUUUCAUUCGCGUUAAAAGGUAUUUUAAUAUAUAUGAAAUAUUCCAUUUUCAAUCUAUUGGACCAAAACAAAGGGAGGGAGCUAAGGACAUUUAAGUACCAGUUCUGUGUUAUUUUCUUCUGAGGCAUUAAACCAAACAUUUAAAAA